AUGCUUUAUGUUUUCUUUGUUGUGGGCCAAAACUUGUUUGAAACAGGGGAGCCCCAAUUGACAUUGGAUUAUUAUGCCAAAACUUGUCCCAAUGUGUUGCAGGUUGUGAGGAAAGAAAUGGAGUGUGCUAUGCUUUCUGAACCACGCAAUGCAGCUUUUGUUGUCCGAUUGCACUUUCAUGACUGCUUUGUUCAGGGGUGCGACGGGUCGGUUUUUCUGGAUGACACUAUAACAUUACAGGGAGAGAAAAAGGCUUCCAUCAACAUACACUCCCUCAAAGGCUUUAGAAUCAUUGAUAGGAUUAAGAACAACCUUGAAACAAAAUGCCCUGGAAUUGUUUCUUGUGCAGAUAUACUCACUAUUGUAGCCAGGGAUGCAGUGAUUCUGGUGGGUGGCCCUUACUGGGAUGUUCCUCUUGGAAGAAAAGGAUCCACAACUGCAAGUUAUUGAACUUGCAACUCAAAUUUUCCCUCUACCAAUGAGGGACUUCUCAUUGGCACAGAAAUCUUAGCAAUUUGGAUUGGGAAGCAGGUGGAUGGGGAUGGUCAACCGUUGUUGCAGCAGCGACAACAACAGCAACAGAUGGUUCCAUUACAAGAUACUUACAUGCAGAGCAGAGCUGAAGCUCUUCAAAAUGUUGAAUCUACCAUUCAUGAAUUGAGCAAUAUCUUCAACCAGCUGGCAACUCUGGUUUCUGAACAAGGAGAGAUUGCUAUCAGAUUCUACCCUUAUGCACCUAUUUCAGAAUUGCUGAUAAUAUAA